AUGCAACCGCCAGGCUCCGGACGAGGCGCGUACGCCCCGCUGCCGACCGCCGCGCCGCCGCUCUCGCCCUCGGCCGCAGCCGCCGCAGCUGGGCCGUCGUCGCCUGCCUUCUCGCCUGGAUCGCGGACAUCAAGCGGGCGGCUCACGCCCAACGCUUUGGGGCUGCAUAACCCCGACGAGCUGUGGGAUGAGCCCGAGGACACGGCCGAAGAAGAGGAAGAGGACAAGGACGAGGUGGACGAGGCGGCUGUCGUCGUGCCGGGCGAGGACGACAUCACGCCGUUCGUCUGGACGCUCGUGUGCGCCGCCUCCCUCUCGGGCCUGUUGUUCGGGUACGAUACCGGCGUGAUAUCCGGCACGCUAGUCAGCAUCCGGCACGACCUGGGCCACGCGCUGUCGACGCGCGAGAAGGAGCUGGUCACGAGCGCGACGACGCUCGGCGCGUUGCUGGGCGGCCUGGUGGCCGGCGCGCUGAGCGACUAUGUCGGCCGUAAAGGCGUGCUGGGGCUAGCGAACGGCGUGUUCAUCACCGGCGCGCUCGCGCAGGCGUGUGCGCACGCCCUCCCGCUCAUGGUUGGCGGGCGGUUCGUCGUCGGCCUCGGCGUCGGCCUCGCGUCGUGCAUCGCGCCCCUGUACAUCGGCGAGCUGGCACCCACGCGCCAGCGCGGCCGCCUGGUGACGAUCAACGCGGUGGCGUGCACGCUCGGCCAGGUGCUCGCGUACGGGAUCGGUGCGGUGCUAGAGUCCACGCACGGCGGAUGGCGCUGGAUGGUCGGCCUCGGCGCGGUCCCGGCGCUCGUCCAGCUCGGCGCGCUCAUCUUCCUCCCCGAGAGCCCCCGCAUCCUCCUGGUGCGCGGCGACGUGCCCGCCGUCCGUGGCGUCCUCGCGCGGGUAUACCCCCGCGCGUCUCCGCACGACGUCGAGCGCAAGACGGCCAUCAUGGCCGCGGCGGUGCGGCAGGCCGUGCUCGCCGAACACAGCACCACCUGGACGCACCGCGCGGCGUCGCUGAUCCGCGUCGGCGCGAACCGGCGCGCGCUGGUCAUCGGGUGUGGGCUGCAGGCGCUGCAGCAGCUGUGCGGGUUCAACACGCUCAUGUACUACUCUGCGUCGAUUUUCGCCUCGCUCGGAUUCAAGAACGCGACCGCCACCGGCAUGGUCAUCGCGCUCGUCAACUUUGCGUUCACGCUCGUCGCGCUCCGGAUAAUCGACCCCGUCGGACGGCGGAAUACCAUGCUCUACACCGUGCCCGUCAUGGCGCUCGCGCUGGUCCUCGCCUCGGCCUUCUUUCACCAGCUCACGCUACCGACUGACGGCGUGCUCGUCCCCGGACAUCCCUACCCUGCGUCGCUCACCACGCCGGUGCUGCUGUCCAUGCUCCUCUUCGUCGCGGCAUAUGCGACGGGCUGCGGUAACAUUCCGUGGCAGCAGGGCGAGCUCUUCCGCCUCGAUGUGCGCGGCCUCGGCACGAGCGUGUGCACCGCCACAAACUGGAGCUGUAACCUGCUCGUGGCCGCCACCUUCUUGAGUCUGAUGGAGAGCGCGAGCCCGGCAGGAGCAUUUCUGCUGUAUGCCGGCGCUUGUGCUGCCGGCUGGGUCUUCUGCUGGGCCUUGUAUCCCGAGACGAGUGGCCUGAGUUUGGAAGAGGUCUAUGAAGUCUUCCAGGACGGCUUUGGAGUAAAGAAAAGCCAGGAGAUGCGCGCGGCAAAGCUCGCCCGCGCACAGGAGGCACACCGCCGCGAGGCUUAAUCAACCUAAUCAUGCUG